AUGGAUAUUACAAUGAUUGAUAAUAAAAAACCUAGUAUUUCUAUGUCUACUAUUCAAACUAAUCAAUCAAUGAUCACAGAUUCAUCUAAACAUUUAACUCAAAUACCGAAAACAAAAGUGAAGUUAAAAUCUAAUGAACAUUUAACAUCACCAGUUAAUGGUGUUUAUAUUAUACCACGUGAAUUGUCACAAAUGAAUAUGACUGAUAAAUUAACUGAAUCAAAUCAAUUCUAUACAAAUAAAAGUAACAGUAAUAAUAAUAAUAAUAUUAGUAAUAAUAAUACAAAUAAGAAUAUUUUUACAGUAGAUCGCACAGCAAGAGCAGUUAAAAUGUUAGCUGAAAUACCAAAUCAUAUUGGAGAAUACAUAUGUCAAUUAUGUUUCCAAUGGUUUCCAGAUGCAUUUUGUUUAGCUGAACAUCCAUGCUCAUGCAUGGCAAGUUUAGCAUAUGCAUGUGAAAUUUGUGGUAAAGUAUUCAAUUGUCCAGCAAAUUUAGCAUCACAUCAACGUUGGCAUAAACCACGAAUAGAUAAUAAUCAUAAAAAUAUUCGUCAGAUGAGAAUAAUCACUAAUAAACGGAUAAAUAAUGAUAAGCUACAAAAUUCAAUUAAAAUUUCCAAUCAUUCAACUAAUGAUCAUGUAACUUAUUUAUUAAAACAAAAUUCUUCAUCAUCUGAAUUAGAUCGGCAGCAAUUAUCAAUUUAUUCAGAACAUAUCAAUAAUGUAUUUAGAACAAGUAAACAUUAUAGAAUAUCAUGUGAUGAAAAGAUGAACUAUGCACAAGAAUACAAUAUUUCAAAUGUACAAUUCAACGAUUCUAUGAAUAAUCAUUUAACAAUGAAUGAUACAAAUGUAAUGACUACUAAAUCUACUAACACUAAUAAUGGUGUUAUUCAUUAUUCAAAUUCAUUAUCAAAUAAAAAUACUUCCAGUAAACAAAUCAAUCCCUUUUCAGUUGAAGCACUUCUAGCUUAAUUUCUUAUUUCUAUAAUACAUCUUUAGUUUUCCAGGGUAACUUCUCUUUUUCUUCUUUUUCUGUAUUGCACUUUUUAUCCCCUAACCAACUUAUUAUUGUUUCUAUAUUGUUUCUGAUUAUGAUACAUAUUUAUUUCAGCAUUUUAUCUCAUCAUUUCACACAAACUUUUUUUUCACAUUUAUUAUGGGUAAUCAAGGUUUUGACAACUAAAUUUUCAUUUUCUCAGUGAAAACUAAUAUUUUUUUUCUAUGCCUCUGUUUGUUUAGACUCUGUUAUCACAAUAAGUGAAUGAAUAAAAGCUACAUUGUUUAUUAUCGUUAUAGAAAGAAGGUAAAUAACUUCGACUGUACAAUUUUGAGAUUGAGGUCAUGAAUAAAGGAGAACACUAUGCUGAGCUAUUUUCUAUUACUUUAUAUAUCAAUGCGUGCUUUCCAUAUGUAUUCUUUCUUAAUGCAUUUAACUGACAUAACUCUAUCCCAUAAGUGUAAAUUUUAUAAAAUAAUAAAAAUAAUAACCCAAUUGAAUUUCAAGCUGUACAUAGAAUUAUGUAAAUUAUUUACAGAUCAUAUAAAUAAUAAUCUAAGUAUUUUUUAUAUUUUUUAAAAGAAGCAUUACAACUUCCUUUUAUCAUGUUCAUUGUUAUCUUAUGAGAAUGUUUGUAGACAUUCCUUGUUGAAUUAUGAGUACGUAAUUUCAAUGAAUA